AUGAUUAUACCGUUAAUCCCUAUCUAUCUGGUUACUUUGACUGUUGGUAUUUCAACUGCAUGUCUACUAACCUUAUAUUUCCCAAUAUGGGCUUGUAUUCCCGCUCUGACGACUUACGGAAAGACUACAUGGAUGUUGAAGGACCAAUCAAAACUUGUACAAAUGAUAGCUGUUCCUAAAAGAUGGUUCUCUCACUUCUAUCAAUUUGGAGUCCUAUGUACAUUCUCUGCUAUCAUGCUGUGUCUCUCUUUAUCCUAUUCUUGUUACAGCCCACCAAGUGUUUUAUCGAAGUAUCUGAAGAUGCUAACUCCUGUGAGGGCUCAUUUCGAUUGGACAACUACUAUUACCACUCUCUGUCUGAUGCUUUUCCACGUAUAUCGAAGAUUCUAUGAAACAUUGGCCAUUUCUGUAUACUCUGAUUCCACCAUGAACAUCGCCCAUUACUUAACUGGUCUCAUUCAUUACCUCAUCUUGCCUCUUACUGUUUGUUGCGAGUCUAUAGGUCUAACCACUCUGAAGCCUGGAACUUUUGACAUUCAUACGUUAACGUAUUACCAAUGGUUUGGAAUCCUCGCAUUCUUCUACAGUAACAUUCAACAGCAUCUGAUUGUUCGAACGAUGGCUUCUCUCAGAAAGACGUCGUCAGGUCUCACGUCUCAUCAUAAUCAUGGAUUAUUGUUCGGUGGCUGGUUUAAUCUGGUCUCAUGCCCUCAUUUCUUCUUCGAAGUCUUAAUAUAUUUAUCCUUAUGGAUUGUUUUACAAGGUGGAUUUGCUUAUAAGUUUCUGGUCUUCUUUGUUAUUCUCAACCAAAUGUUCGCAGCUUUAAUUAAUCACCGAUGGUACCAAACAAAGUUUCCAGAUAAAAUGCCUCCUCAGAGAAAAGCACUCAUACCUUACAUCUUAUAG